UAGGUCUAGUGAUCUAACAUAUUUUUGGCAUUAAGUGAAAAAAAGAGGCUUAUCUCUGUGUGGAUGAUUAUGAUCCAUUUUAGUGCAUUUAAAAAUAAUUUUUAAAGGUUGUAUUCAUUGGCCAGUCAUUAGCCAGUAGUUGUAGGCCGCAAAAAAAGUACAGAUGGUACUAGCAUGUGGUUCAUGUGGCUCUUGUAGUCACAUCUCCAGUACUCAAGUGGGCGACAGAGCAACUUUCAAAUGUCUGUGUCAUUACUCAGGUAGCCUCACAUAGUCAGAUCUUCAAAAGGUCUGGACUACAUGGCCAUUUUUUUUUCUUUUGGCCAAGGACUGCCCAAGGGUCCACAUGACGGAUAUGUAAAGCAGCCAAUCACAGUUACUUUUGUUGAGUAUCAUGUUUAGGGCAUAAGGUCCCUACAGUAAAGACUCAUUUUCAUCGAGCGGUAUGUUUCAGUUCAGUACGGCACGCAGUUAUUUACAUUUCCAUUGUCAGAAAUUGUGAGUUGUACCAUAAUUGCUUACCAUACUGUACCACUUUUUUGGGACUCUUAUGUUGGGGUACCUGGAAGAGACAUCUGGUACCAAAAGGUUGGUGCUAGAUGCACUGCAGAUGGUUUCUUGGUUGAGAGAAAUGAAGCAUCUUCUUCACUUGUUCCACCAUGCGGAACAUUUCAUUGCUUACAAAAAAAAUUUGUACAAUGUUGCGCUUUCUUCUUCACAAAAAAAUUACGUUGAUUGCUACUUAACAGUAUACACCACGGAUGUCAGAUUGUUCAACCUGGGCUAACUAUAUUAUGUCAAUUUUCUCACUAUGAACAACAAUAAUUACUGUAUUUGCGUUACUGUAAGGGGUAGGUUUAGGGUUGGGGAAGGUGUAGACAUUAAUCUGUUAUGGAGCUAACGAGAUGGGAGACAUGUGGAUCCAUCUGCAAACUUUUAAUUUAAAGGCAUGGUCAUAAAACAGGCAAGGUUCUGACAAUGGCAAUCAGGUAUAUACACUCACCUAAAGACUUAUUAGGAACACCAUAGUAAUACUGUGUUUGACCCCCUUUCGCCUUCAGAACUGCCUUGGUUCUACGUGGCAUUGAUUCAACAAGGUGCUGAAAGCAUUCUUUAGAAAUGUUGGCCCAUAUUGAUAGGAUAGCAUCUUACAGUUGAUGGAGAUUUGUGGGAUGCACAUCCAGGGCACGAAGUUCCCGUUCCACCACAUACCAAAGAUUGGGUUGAGAUCUGGUGACUGUGGGGGCCAUUUUAGUACAGUGAACCCAUUGUCAUGUUCAAGAAACCAAUUUGAAAUGAUUCAAGCUUUGGGACAUGGUGCAUUAUCCUGCUGGAAGUAGCCAUCAGAGGAUGGGUACAUGGUGGUCAUAAAGGGAUGGACAUGGUCAGAAACAAUGGUCAGGUAGGCCGUGGCAUUUAAACGAUGCCCAAUUGGUACUAAGGGGCCUAAAGUGUGCCAAGAAAACAUCCCCCACACCAUUACACCACCACCAGCAUCCUGCACAGUGGUAACAAGGCAUGAUGGAUCCAUGUUCUCAUUCUGUUCACGCCAGAUUCUGACUCUACCAUAUGAAUGUCUUCCAGUCUUCAACUGUCCAAUUUUGGUGAGCUCGUGCAAAUUGUAGCCUCUUUUUCCUAUUUGUAGUGGAGAUGAGUGGUACACGGUGGGGUCUUCUGCUGUUGUAGCCCAUCUGUCUCAAGGUUGUGUGUGUUGUGGCUUCACAAAUGCUUUGCUGCAUUCCUCGGUUGUGACGAGUGGUUAUUUCAGUAAAAGUUGCUCUUCUGUCAGCUUGAAUCAGUCGGCCAAUUCUCCUCUGACCUCUAGCAUCAACAAGUCAUUUUGGCCAACAGGACUGCCGCAUACUGGAUGAUUUUCCCUUUUCACACCAUUCUUUGUAAACCCUAGAAAUGGUUGUGCGUGAAAAUCCCAGUAAAUGAGCAGAUUGUGAAAUACUCAGACGGGCCCGUCUGGCACCAACAACCAUGCCACACUCAAAAUUGCUUAAAUCACCUUUCUUUCCCAUUCUGACAUUCAGUUUGGAGUUCAGGAGAUUGUCUUGACCAGGACCACACCCCUAAAUGCAUUGAAGCAACUGCCAUGUGAUUGGUUUAUUAGAUAAUUGCAUUAAUGAUAAAUUGAACAGGUGUUCCUAAUAAUCCUUUAGGUGAGUGUAUAGAGGGCAAGACAAUAGGGUAAUCCGAAAUGGACAUGAGUCAGUCAAUGGCAAAUGGUAUCCAGAGGGAUUGACAAGAGGGGAAAUCCAAUUACAAGAGCAAUAGUCCAGACGAGGUGCAAACACAGUCCAAAACAGAAAGAGUCGGUGUAUGACCUGCUCCCUAAAGAGCUGCAGUUGCCCUCGAUCGUGCAGCAGGACGAUCCCAGCAUGAGCCAGAAGAGCGGAGGAGAGGCCGGACCCCCUCUUCCGGCGGCCCUGGCCUCAGAUGCCGCUGCCACUUGCGCCGCUGCCUCCUCCCCUGGAGGACUCAGCAGUACACUUCCUUCCUGUCCCAGCAUGCUCUCUGCUACCUCAGCCCCAGAGCAGGCUUCCAGGCUCCACAGCGGUCCUGCCGCAGAGGGGAUGCCAGAGAGGAUGGGUGUGGAGCCUGGAUCAGUGGUGUCUGUCAGUGCGGUGGAUACUGUCGGAGCCACACAGAGCCAGGCGACCCCCUCGAAGCGGCGGACCGUCCUGAGCAUCUCGCCCCCUCCAGAAGACCUGCUGGAUGACAGUCGCAUGUCCUGCCAGGAUGAUGUGCUUCCCAACCAGGACUCGGAGCAGAGCAGCAGUAUGUGGAUGGACGACUCUGUGUCCAACUUCAGCGUGGGCAGCAGCAGUUCAUACAACGACAAUACUGAAGUGCCCAGAAAGUCCCGGAAGAGAACUCCUCGCCAGCGGCCGGGGCCAAAGCCUGCGGCCCGGGAAGAAACCGGCAUGGACGUGUUUGAUGCAGACAGCGCUAAAGCACCGCACUUUGUUCUUUCACAACUGGGUUCAGACACCAAAGUCACACCCAAAGUGAGCUCCCUGGAAGGGUCAAACAAUCAGAAGGGGGGCAUUCUUUCCAUUCAAUACCCUCAGAAGAGCGAAGGGAAGGAGCUGAAGAUCUUGAUUCAGCCGGAGACGCAGCACAGAGCACGAUACCUGACGGAGGGAAGUAGGGGAUCCGUCAAAGACCGUACACAGCAAGGAUUUCCUACAAUCAAAUUAGAGGGAGUCAGUGAACCAGUGGUGCUCCAAGUGUUUGUGGCUAAUGACGCUGGACGUGUGAAGCCUCAUGGGUUUUAUCAAGCCUGCAGAGUGACGGGCCGCAACACAACGGCCUGUAAGGAAGUGGAUAUCGAAGGGACCACAGUUAUUGAAGUGAACCUUGAGCUGAACAACUCUAUGACUCUAGCCGUGGACUGUGUUGGCAUCUUGAAGCUGAGGAAUGCCGAUGUUGAAGCUCGUAUAGGGGUUGCUGGCUCCAAAAAGAAGAGCACUCGAGCUCGUUUGGCCUUCAGAGUCAACAUCCCAAGACCUGAUGGAUCUGUCCUAACUCUUCAGGCCCUCUCCUCUCCUAUCUUAUGUACUCAACCAGCCGGAGUGCCUGAAAUCCUUAAGAAGAGUCUUCACAGUGGCUCUGUCGCAGGGGGAGAGGAAGUCUUUAUCAUCGGAAAGAACUUUCUCAAAGGAACCAAAGUUCUUUUUCAGGAAAAUUCCACAGAUGAAAGUGGCUGGCAGGCCGAAGCAGAAAUUGACAUGGAACUUUUUCAUCAGAAUCAUCUAGUGGUGAAGGUCCCCCCAUAUCAUGACCAGACAGUGACCUCCCCGGUGUCCGUUGGGAUUGCUGUAGUGACAAAUGCAGGGAAAACACAUGAUCUACAGCCUUUUUUCUACACUCCUCUAACAGAGAAGGUUGAAAUACCAGUGAAAUCAGAACUGCCAGUCACAGCCAAGGCUUGUACCUUUGAAGAGCAGAUAAAAGCAAUGCAAACUGAGACCAGUUGUCUAAACAAUGUCUUAAUGUUACCUAUGGUCAAACGAGAAGAACCUAUGGAAGUUUCCUGUAAUGCAGCACCUUCAGACAUUUUUAAGCCUGUAGAGGCCCUUAGUUCAACCCAACAAAUCUUGGAGAUAAGUACUGUCCUUCCCGCUGCCACCGAGUCUUUUCCAAGUCCUGCGGCUCUUCAACCCGUUGACUCACAACAGCCAUCAGCUCAAAUAUUUACAACUCAAGAAACUUUAUCCACCAUACAGAAGCAGGACAUUCCUUCACCUGCAUCGUUCCAAGUGUCCUUGUCGGAAGACACAACAGUUCUCCAGCCUGUUCCCCCUCAGGUCCCUCAACAGUUCUUGCGGGAAACCCCAGAAACGUUGUCUCCAGAGGAUAACGGUGCAGAUGACAGUGGAAUGGUAUUGUUGGGCAUAGACUCUCGGAAUCCUCCAUCCCAGCGUUCAGACAGAGUUCAGACUCUUCUGCCCCAGGAUGGUGUUGCACAGCUAGAGAGAGCAGUAAGAGAGCUGCAAGCACAACAACAGCUAAAUUCUGUACUUUAUAGCCCGACACCAUCUGCAGAGAUCCUUCAGCAACACGUCCAGGAAAACAUGAACAGUUUAAGGUUGGGUGGAAAUGAGACAACCCUAACAAACCAGCUACAGCAGAAGCAAGAGCAGAAUAUAUUGGAGAAUCUGCAGCAUCAGCAACAGAAAGCACUUGUGGAUCUACAACAUCAACAGACAGUCCUUGAAAAUUUGCAGCAGCAUCAGAAGGUCUUGGAAAAUCUCCAGCAACAGGCUCUUGGCAGCAUUCAGCAGCAGCAGCAGACACACAAAGUUUUGGAGAAUCUGCAGCAUCAACAGCAGCACCACCAGAAUGUCCUGGAAAACAUUCAGCAGCAAAGUUCCAUAGUGACUCUGCAGCACCAAAAAGUUCUUGAUAAUCUGCAACAGCAGCAACAGCAUCAGAAAAAUUUAGAAACUCUUCAGCAUCAGGAAGUAAUCGAGAACCUAAAGCAACAAUUGCAGUCGGAGCUCUUGCAGACACAGAUUCCAAUGCAGUGCACACCUAGCUUCUCUAGCGAACAGCAAAGCUCCGCACAGACUAAUACUCUAUCACAACCCUCCGAAGGCUUCCUCCAGAACCCACCACAGCAGCAGUUGCAGCAGCAAACUCUUUUCCAACAGACAGGUGGUCUUAUGACCAUUCAGACAUCAAGCUUUCUGCAGCAGCCAUCCUCUCAACCCUCACCUCCACAGCCUCUUUUUCAAACUCAUAACCCCUUGACUGAAACGCAAGACUCGCAGACAGUACUCUUUGGAACCACAAAGUCACCACAAGUCCAAGCCACUUUAUUCCCUGGUACCAUGACAAUGCUAACAAGCACCAAUCUACCUACAGAUCAGCAGGCUCCUUCAACUAGCCUGUUUAUAGCGCAGAGUGUGUUGCCUAGCCAGCUAUCAUCAGACAAUAACCUGAACCAGCAGCAGCAACAGAUAGCUUUCCUCACACCCAUGCAGACAUCUGGAACAGAAGCUCAGACUGUCUCACUAUUUCAGGGACAAGCACAGUUGUCCACCCUAAUGGAACAACAACAGUCUCCCCAACAACAACAGAUGCCAACACCCCAACAGGCCACUCUUUUUCCAAAUAUUGCCACAAUAUCCCCAAACCAAGCACAGCCACCAACACAGACAGGCAUAUUGUUCUGUACCACAACCAUUAAUCCGCAUGAUCUGCCCCAGGCUCUGCUGUUCAGUGGCCAGAACCAAGCUUCACUAGCAAGUGACCGUCUCCCAGAGAAUAUCUUUCAGGAGCAGCAACCCAUGCAAGUUGUUCCCAGCUCUGAAAAUGUUACUGUGAACAACACUUCAAACCAACCCACUGCCUCAGCAGCCCAGCCAACUCCGAAUACACCAAUUAUUUUUCCACAAGCUAGUGUUGUAAGUGUUUCCCAACAAGACUCGGCAGAGCCCAUGUCUUUUCAAGACCAGAGCACCGUUGUGAGUGACUCGUCUGCCAGUAUGCCUUCAACACGGACAGAGCUUUUUCAGGACCAGCAACCUAUGCAGGUUGUCCCAAGUGCCACCACCGUAAACCCUGUCUCUCCUACGGACCAACCUUCUGUCAACAUUUUUUUGCCUCAGUCAGCAAUUUCGGCCCUGCAAGGUGGUGUAAGUGCUCAAGAGUUACCUACAACUGGCACAGCAGCCACCAUCUUUAGUGGACAGAGUGGUAUGGCGGGUGGCAGUCUCCAGAACACCACAUCUUCCGCCCCUCAGCAAACUCCCAGUCAACUCUUUCAGACAGCUAUUGGGGGAACUCUCAGCCAACCUGGACAGCCAGGACAAGCAGGACUUUUUCUUUUUGAAAUUCCCAGUGUAGAAUGUGGACCGCUAAUGAAUUCUCCUGGUCCGUCAUUGUCAGAUCAGCUCGUCACCAUGGGCCAUCCUGGUUCUGAUCAGACCCAGCUUCAAACUAGUGCACAGAUUCACCCCUUACUGGACCAGUCCAACAACCUUGAUGAUAAGAUUGACGAACUUCUGGAACGUUUUCAGGAGCAGGAAAAGACGCUUCCUAGGGAUUUCUUGGACCAUUAAAGAUUAGUAGUCUGAAACCUCAAUCCAGUAGACCACCGUCCACACUGCUUGUUGAUGUUUCUUUACAUCUUGUGUCUUGUGUAGGUAUUAACUAACCUUGGGGGUUGUCUCAGUUGGGGGGGUCUUCACUUGUAUCUAUGUUUCUGAAAGCUUUUAAUGUGUUGUUUUGCUGGAACCGGUUACGUAUGGAUCUAUUCACAGCUCGUUUUUCUUGAUGGACGUAAAAAGGGUCAACUUCAUUGAGGCCACUGCUUGGCAUGUCAACAUAUCAUGUGACCCAUUAAGCCAUUAAGUAUAUUGGCACUUUGCUACUUUGUAUUGUGUUUCUUGACUUCCACUUGAAUCUUGUCCAUUUAUUGCCAUCAUUAAUCUGUUUUCCAGUAGAAACCUACGUAGUACAACAUAAACUCAAAAACUCUCUGUUGCCGUUGAGAUACUAAUACAUUGUGAAUGAAUUUGAAAUAUUUAGCACUUUAGGGAGUUCCUGUUGGAGAUUCUCUCUUUUAGCUUUGUAACACAUAUGUGUCUACCUGGCUGUCAAAGCAUUUCAUGUUUUGAAAGCCAUAAUGCUUUUCUAAAAAUGCAUUUGUUUCAUCACUCUUUAGAGUCUCUUUUCAGAAAUUCAUGAGCCAUGUUUCAUGUUUUUUAAGUGUUUGAAUGUUUGACGUCCAUCUAAUCUCUCCAUUUUCACGUAACAUCAAGUCAAGAUGCACCCCUUCUCCUCUGUUUUAGGUGUGUUAUAUUUAAUUUUAUUUAAAUGAUCAAGAGGUCCAACUUGGAGACAUGAAUUCCUAUCAGGGAUGUGAAAAUGUGCAACAUUGCCGUUGAGAUAUGUGAACAGAUUGUAUUAUCCUCCACCAGAGCGUCUACUCUGUGUUUGUUUAUGUGCCCAGCAAAAAGACAUGGAGCGCAUUAGUACUAUAUAAGAUGCAGCUAUCUUCUUUGAAUUUAAUGUGGAUCAUGGUGAUUGUUCAAAUAAGCACAAGCUUGGGAAGAGGAUUUGUUGUGGUGGUUGGUGCAUGCAAUGGAUAGUUCACCCAUAUAUGAAAAUCAAUAUUUAUUCAUCUCUAUGCCGUUCCAAACUGGUAUGACCUUCUGUGAUCGUUGGUGUUCAAAAAAACAUACAUUUGAGGCUGUUUUGCCUUGAGGAAUGAGAUUUGUGAGCUAUCACCAUUUUUGGUCUACACGGCAUCUGAAAACUUGGAAUAUUGUGCACUUGCUUUUUUUAAUGAUUUUGACAGGUUUAGGUCAUUGAAAGCUUUUGUUGUACAGGAAAGAGCAGUGAAAACAUUUUUCACAAUCGUUCCUGUUGUGUUUCACAGAAACAAAUUCUGAAUGAGUGACAGGAUAUUUAUUGCUUAUGUGAGGGUGUUUUUUGGGCAGCUUAAAAUGGAAGUUAGGUCCAUAUUUCCUCGAGGGUUUAAGAAGGGAUUGGUUCGUUUUCACCCCCCCAAGUUACAUUAAAUCUCAUCUUGGAUCAGAUAGACUCGAGGCUCAGUUACUAGAGGAGAAAAUCAGCUAAAAUCCCAAGUUUUAAAACAAGUUGUGAUGACGAGAUGGCUUCAUAACAUCACUGCACGACAAUCUCAUCAUACAAGUUUUAAAAUUGAUCUUUUGGAAAAUAUGAAAGCUCUUACCAGUCAGAAAUCAUUAGUCGUGUGUCCAAACUAGAAGAUUUCUCCACAAACAGGCCAAUCAUCCGAGUGAAGAAGGAGUAGUGUACGCUGGUAAAUGAACUCGUUCGGGGUUUGAUAUUGACAGAAUGCUGCUACAUUUUGUCAUAACUGAUACUGAUUGGUUGUUUCCAUCAGCCUUGAUUCGUCAUUGUAGGACAUUGCUCUGAUAUCUCAUUAAAUCAUAUCUUACUUUUUCAUAGACACAUGCAGGCUUUUAAAAAACCUUUUUAAGACUUAACAUCAAUGUACUCCUCUCUAAAAGCAGCUUUUGCAUUGAAAACAUUCUCAUGCAAACAAAAUGUGAGGUAGUUCUAUCUCAAAUCUUCAUAAACGUCUUUGCUUUGAGAAGACAUCAUUCUUGCCUUCUUUGUUUUAAACGCUUUAUGUAAAAUUUGCAUAAUUACUGUUGUAAAUAGUAGACGGGCUGUUUUAAGUGUGCUGUUCCUUUGUGAGGUAGCAGUUUGUUAAAAGUGUGCUCUCUUUGUAGUAAAACAUAAUAUCUGAGCUGCCAGUGAGGCACACACACAGUAUUUUUGUAAGGCUCAAUUUUGAAAUGUACUGUGUACAUUUGAAUCAUUUUAAAGUGAUCUGUCCCUUCUGCAGUACUGUACUUCAUAUGUCAAUAUUGGGAGCGGUGGAAUGGUGGUUUUUGUCCCCAUCACUGUGUUACAAAAUGGAGAUUGUUAUGUUUGGUAUAAGUGAAAUUCAAAUAUUGCUGAUUUCUAAACAGUUAAAAAUAAAAGAGGUUUCGGAUGUGGGUGAAUCUCACACAGACAAAUUUUUUGCCAUAUUUCACCAUAAAAUACAUUUAAUAAAAGUUAUAGAUCUCUGUAGCCUGUUAAAUCUAACAAUACAUCUUGUUCUUGAUAUUGUACAAUGAAAUUACCUAAAUGAUGAUUAAAUAAAGUAGAAUUUUACACACAUUGUUCGUAUAUGUUUUACUGAAUUUAAUCGACGCUUGCAAAACAUGAUUGGUUUUCAGUAUUUAUUUUGGGUGAAAUAUGACCUGGAUCUGUCUUUGUGAGGUACACAGGCUAAUGUUCUGGACCCUGGGUUCCAUGCGAAGCCAAAUUGAAGCAAACUCUGGAAUCCGAGUGGAAGAUCGUGUGUGUUUUACCUCAUGGUGUAGGACAUAGAUGCACACUACAUCUAACCUAAAGGACCAACUAAGAAGAAAACCUAUUUUCUCAAGCCGAGGCAGCAGAAUCAAUGUCUUUUGAUUGACUAAUCAUUUGUCCAUUCUUGUGUUGUUUGGUACUGACGCUCCAGCUUACGUCAAAAUCAUACUGUAUGUAUUAUGAACAAAAAUACAUUUCUGCACAAAUCCAUCAUUAACUUUUUGUUGGUUUUUUUAAUCAUAUUGUGCUUUUUGAUUAAAAGUACUCUGUGCCUUUGCAAGCCUUUCCUCUUACUUCUAAAGGACCUUUGUAUAUAAUGAAAUAGAUGUUGGGAUUACUUGUUCUUAAUCCAGAAGUAAGUUUUUGUCCGGUCAAAUGGUCAUCAUUAACCAGUCUGUCGGUGUAGUCCCAAACACAUCUGAACAUUUAUAUCAUGACACUUCUGGACAGACUCCACUCACUUUUUUUGGUCAUUCUCAUCCACUGGUGGUUAAAGCCUCUUGAAAUGUUUAAGGUUGAAGAAGGUUAUUGAUCUCUGUUUGUUUGGUCAGCAGGUGUCAGAUUUUUGUUUUGAAGAGCGCUUAACCCGAUCACCAGCAGUUAUUUGUGCUUUUGUUUGAUGUGAAUAACGUCCAAUGCUUCUGAAGUUGAAGAACAGUGGUUCUCAACCGCUCGUUAAACUAGUGUCGGUAGAUUCAAAUAAGAAACCGUUUCAUUUGUUUCACAUUUUUCAAGAACUGUAUGUACCAACCAGUUAAAAAUGGGAUACAUUUAAUUGGUCUUGGACACACGGGACCAAAUUUCAACAUUGCCGUUGGUAGUUGCAUUUUCCGCAGAGUGAAAAUAGGUGUGUGAAUUGGCACUUUGAACAUUUUAUUGACAUUUAUUAUAACUUGUUUGAAAUGGUCUAUGAGCCCCGUUGGAGGUUGGCUGUCGCCCCCUAGAGGCCCCUGGUUGGGAACCACUGUUACAGGGAUCAUUGUUCACUCAUGAGUGUGUAAGUACAUUCAGUAUCGUGAAGAAACGUGAACUAAUGACAUUUGACGUAAAUAAACGUACUUUGCUUUAAUCAGUACAUUUGUAUACUCCUGCAGUUAUAUUUCUGUAAGAUGUGCUGCUAUAUGAAUAAAGGUAGAUAUGAAGUUC